GCCAUCUUUCACACUUGGACCGCCAUGAAGCUGUUGUACGCCCUCGUUGCUGCGUCUGCCGCUGCGAACAAACCGUCCGUGAUGACGUUGCCAUCGCACGAGCGCACGCAACUCCGCGAGGAGCUGGCCAAGUGGCGCCAAGAGUUUGGUGCCAAAGCCCAAGCCUACAUGCCUCCGUCCGUCCAAGGCAUGAACGCAUUGGACGCGGAAACGGACGCGCUCCAGCGUUUCUACAAUACCAAGCUCGCGAUCGAGGAGGCCCGCCGCAAGAAUCCUGGUGCCACAUUCGACCACCACUACCCGCACGCCCUAUUGACGCCAGCCGAGUUCAAAAAGCACGUGCUCGGCUUGUCCUUUGAGCAUGGUCUCAAAGCCUUCCACUCCCUUCCGACCGCCGAGCUGAACUAUAGCAGUGUCAGGGCGGCGUCUGUAGACUGGACGAAGGGCGAUUGCGUUGGCCCUGUACGCGAUCAAGGCAUCUGCGGGUCAUGCUGGGCCUUCUCGGCCGUGGGCUCUGCCGAGUCGGCGCACUGCCUCGACACGGGGAAACUCUUGGACUUGUCGGAGCAACAAGUGGUGAGUUGCUCUAACUGGAACAACGGGUGCUUGGGAGGAGUUCCGUGGUACGCUCUCGACUUCAUGUUCAGCGAGGGAGGGUGCAUGGAGCAGGACUACCCGUAUACGUCUGGCCAAGGCGACAGUGGAACGUGCAUGCGGUCUUGCACCAAGAAGAAGCUCAACAUAGGCGCCACCGUCCAAGUGUCUGGUGAGUUGGCGUUGGAAACGGCGUUGAACAAGCAGCCCGUGUCGGUGGCCGUCGAAGCGAUGAACACUGAGUGGAUGUACUAUCGUUCGGGGGAGAUCGAACAUUGCCCUGGCUCGCAGUCCGACCACGCCGUCAUUGCCGUGGGGUACGACGAGUCGUCCUACAAGAUCCGCAACUCGUGGGGUGAAUCCUGGGGCGAAGGUGGGCACAUUCGUCUGCGACGUGGCGCGGGUGGUAAAGGGAUGUGCAACGUCGCCGAGUACGUGUCGUUCCCCCAGAUUGGUGCCCCGACGCCCAAGCCCACCCGCAAACCCAGGCCCACACCGAGACCCAACUGUGGCGCGUGCCGCACUUGCUUCUAUACGCCUGCCAACCAAUGCUUGUACGACGAAUACACCAAGGACGAAUGCGAGGAGUACGGCCCCGAUUACAAUAUGGCGUGGUGCGGCGAGUAAAUGAGAAGAGGUUGCUCUAGAUCAGCCACAGUUCGAUUCUGUCGCUGUUGGGGGAGUAGGUUGUCGCUUGUCAGUAUUGACACGUCCAUCGUAACUCAAAAUGUAUUAUCGCGAAACAUUGUCG